CAAGCCAAGGAGUCAAGUUUCCUUCCUUCCUUCUUACGCCCAUCCCACGUGCAAGCUCGUACAACUUGUCCACAACCACCUCCAGUGCAGAUCACUGCUGUCCUCGCGCACGUGUGAGGGUUUUGUGCGAGCCUUCCUGAAGCCCAGCUCAAAAAACAACAACCUCAUUCAACAAUGUUCGAAACUGCCAGUCCCAGUUCUCAACGCCAUCGAAUUGCCGCGCCACAGACCGGCGACUACCGAUGCGAGGAUGGACCAUGUGCGAGUAGCGGUGCCAAGCCCUGGACACACUCCUCGUCGCCGCCCUCAUUGCCGUCGACGUCACCUCCUUCUAGUCCGGAGCUAUCACCGCCUGUCCUGCCCCUGCGCUUGGCGUCUCCCCAUAGGGAAGCCAUGUCGCACUCGGCUCGCGGGGAGAUUGGCCCGCCGGCGCUCCACGUCCUUGUUUCGCCCGAAGCAGCUACUGCCCACAGCGUGGUGUCGUCCACGGCCACCUCAUUGGCAUCGCCGGCAUCCCCAUUGUCGGCUUCGCCGCCGGCAUCGUCAUCACCGGCGUCGUCGGCCUCGGACGACGCCUCGCUCUCGUGCUCGUUCUCUCGCCGCAUGAUCUCUUCGACCGACGACGAUGCUUCGGUCUCGUCGCGCGGGGCGUCGCUCACCAUUGCCCGGCUUAAUGCGCACCGUGUCGGUCGGCAGCAGGAGACAUCGGUGACGUUCUCGGCGUCGCGGACCAAGCAGCUGCCCCGGCCUGGCCCGACCGCCACCGCCUCGCCGCUUGCUGGCCCGCGGCUCGGCACCAUCAUCGCCUCGGCCUCGCCGGCAAACUCUUCCGAGCACAACGAGGUCCAGCUCGUCUCGACAACCGGCGCUUCCAAGACACUUGAGGCUGUUCUCUGGACCGACCUCACCGUCGGCUCUCGCCUCGGCUCUGGUGGCUUUGGUGAGGUCUGGACCGGGUUCUGGGGCGCGACGCCUGUAGCCAUCAAGCGCCUCUCGCCCAAGGGCGAGGAGUCGCAGCAGGUAGCCGACCUUGUAGCUGAGGCAUCGGUUCUUGCCUCGCUCUCACAUCCCAAUAUUGUUCAGCUGUUGGCGGUCUGCACCGACGCGCCCAACCUGGCCAUUGUCACCGAGCUCAUGGAGUCUGGCGACCUCCAUGCCGCGCUCUUUGGCUCGUCACGCCAUCGCCGUCGCACGCCCGAACCUGCCAGCUCUACGGCGUCAGCGUCGUCAUCUGACUCAUCACCGGGCUCGAGCAACAACAAGUCAGGCGGCCGUGCCACAACCUCGUCAGGUUCGUCGAGCUCAGUGCCCUCCGGUGGCGCCGGCUCCAAGACUAGCACGCCGUCGUCGCCAUACUCGUCGCCGUGGUCUUCAAUCCGCACAUCGGCGCGGUCGUCGUUCUUCUCCCCCGCGCUCUCGGGGCGGCACAGUGCGUCUGGAUCGCCGCUACUUGCAAGCGGCCAGCUCUCGGACAGGCUCAAGCUCUCGAUUCUCCACGGCGUGGCAUGUGGCAUGGAGUACCUCCACCGGCACGGCAUUUUGCACUGCGAUCUCAAGCCGCGCAACAUCCUGCUCUCUCGCGGCGGCUCUGUGGUCAAAGUUGCCGACUUUGGUCUCGCAGUCACGCUGCAAGACGACGAGACUCGCGGCUUUGCCGGCACUCCGCGCUAUGCAGCGCCCGAAGUCAUCAUGGGUGAUGCACCGACGGCCGCCGCAGACGUAUUUUCCUUUGGCGUUCUCCUCUACGAGACCGCUACCCAGAUGCGUGCCUUUGGCUCGGUCUCGCGAAUCAAGAACUGUUACGCCCCUCUCCUGCCGCGUGCAGUCCUUAGGUCGACGACGACACUCGACGCCGACCUGCCAGAUGUCUUCCACUCGCGCCUCUUCCGCAUGGUCCUCCCGCUCAUUGUGACCUGCAUCGCUGAAGAUCCGGUCGCCCGGCCGAGCUUUGCGGACCUCGCUGUCGCGUUUGCCUCGCUCGAGCAGCAUGCCGCACAGGUGGGCCAGAUUUUCCCGUCGGUCCCGCCGCUGCCGGACCCGGCUACCUCACUUGCGCGGCCCGAUCUCGUGCGAACCGCUGUCCGGCUCCUUACCCAGUCUGUCAACGUUCUUGCCCAUCCAGCAGGUGUUUGUUCGACAUCACACGGGGCUAGUCGGUCGGCGGGUGGCCACAAGGCCGGGCUUUUACUCUCUGCUCCUGCCGGCGCAGGCAAAACCUGGCUCGCCACCCACGUUGCCCACAACCGUGAAGUGGGCGCUGCCUUUGUCGACGGCAUCCACUGGUUCACCCUAGGCGCCCACCUCGAGCUAUCGGCGCUGUAUCCGGCGCUCGCACGCGAGCUCGGUAUCAAGCUCUCGACACACCAGCAGCGGUCGAUCAAGGCUGCCCGCGAGGCGCUCACGGCUGCCAUAGCCUCGGCUUCCCUGCUCCUCGUCCUCGACAACCUGUCAUCUCCCGCGGAGCUUGCGCUUUGCGACGUACUGAGCGCUGCACCGCGCUCGCGGCUGCUUAUUACGGCCCGCUCCGACGUGGCCCCAAUGCUGCGCGGGCCAGCGUUACCACGACUCGACGCCUUUGCUCUGCCUCCGCUCUCAGACGCCGACGCGCGGGCGCUGCUUGCGCUUGCUGCGGCGUGCCCCAUUAACGACCUUCCGCCCGAGGCCGACCCACUCCUAGUCGAGUGCGAGUCGCUGCCGAUUGCGCUAUCCCUCGUCGGAGCUGUCGUGGCCCACAAGCGCCAGUCGGCGUGGAAGUUUGCCCUUGACCAGGUGACCGAGUCCAAGUCGCGUGGGCUCUCGCCGCUGCGAAUGGCGACUGCGCUCACGGUCCGUGCCAUGCAUGCGCUCCGGUUCCGAUUUCUUGACCUGCAAGUCCUUCCGACGCUCACGCUGUUGCCCAUCGACCCGCUGGUGGUCCUCUGGGGCUCGUUACCGGAGCCGCUCUCCGAGUACGACAUCGAUGCCGUGCUCGACGAGUUUGCAAGGCAUGGGCUCGUGCGGCUGUCGAACCCAUCGACCUCGUCGCACGCUGUGUUGGCCUUUACCAUUCUGCCCAAUGCCGCCGAUUAUCUGGCAUGGGAAGUACGGGCUGAUACUCGCCGACAUGUUGCAGCCCACGCCGCCAUUCUCGACGCGUACAAGACCACGAGCAAGCUCCAAUCGUGGGUCUGCGGUCCUGUUACCCACGACGCGUACUACCGGCAGCACACUGUACGGCACUUGCUUGCGGUCAACGCUCUCCAAGACGCAAUCGACCUUGUCACGUCGUUUGAGUGGUAUCUCAAGUCUUCACGCGCCGAGCGCGACGCCGAGCCGUGGCUCUCGGCUGGCGCAGAUGGCCUUGCAUCGUAUCUUGCCGACUUGGGGCGCGUGGUGAUGGCGGCCAAGCGGGCACGGCUGCCGGUGGUCAAGGACCUUCUCUUGCUCCGCGAGCUGUUUUCUCUCUCGCGGUCUGCGCUCCUGCGGUACCCAUCUAUGGUCGGCUACCAGUUUCUCGGCCGGCUGUGGCCGGUGCCUGACCUCGCGGAUGUACCUGUGGCCAUUGCGCGGUUUGUGGACGCUGCUCUUGUGCACAAGUCACGCGGACACUUGCUGUAUGUGCCGCGGACUCGCCUGCUCACCGCGCACGGAGGCGCGAUGGACUCGGUCCUCCGCUCGCAUCCUCACCCGAUCCAUGAUGUUGUCUCACUCGGAGGACCGAUGUUUGCCUCGCUCUGUGCCGACUCGGUCUGUGUCUGGGACAUUAGUGCCGAGGCCUGGCACGAGUACCCGCUCGGCUUUCUCAUGCCGCCAACGCUUGGAGGCUCACCAAGCCCCAACACAGCUGGUGUGGGAGGCGGUCCCGGAUUAAGUGCCAGAGCCUCGUCUGGCCUGCAGUUGCUCGGCAGUGACGGCUUCCUCGGCAUUGUCGCCGACGGCUGUAUCCGCAUCUUCUCGGUAGACGCCGACGCAGGCGUUGGCUCGGCCAUCAACGAGUACAACUCGUACACUCGCGGGUCGUCGGCGGUGAUCACCAGCGCAGCCCUAGUCGAAAUGGAUGACGACAUGUACAUUGUCAUGCUGGUGUGCAGCGAGGGCUGUGCGACGCUCCGGGCGAGGCUGCUGACACCGGCUGGUUUUACGCCCAACUCGUCUCCGGCCUGCUCGCCGGCGCCGAGCGGCCUCGACGGUGCGGGCCUCGUCGAGGCUAUCGAGCUGCCAAGCGGGCUCGGUUACGUUGAUGUGCUGCCUGCGCGCGAGGCGCCGCUGGCUGCAGUUGUGGCGCCGCAAGCAGGCAUUGUCACCGUCGUCGAUUAUGACGUCGGCGCGGUCCUAUUCCAUGCCACACUCCCGGUCUCGGUCCGUAUCGCUGACAUGUCGGUGGUCGAGUUGGCUUGCGAUGGUACCAUGCUCGCUGUUGCGUCGCCAGACCGGAUCCUCCUGUGGACGACCGAGAACGACGGUAGCUGCUUGUUUGACCUCGCCAACGCCGUCGAGCCUAUGGUCACACUCGACGUCAAGCACGCCAGCGCUUUGCAGUUUGUGCCCGAGUCGACGCUCUUGCUCGUCAGCCAGCCGUCUGGCCACUUGUGCGUUGCCUCGACGGCGUCUGGGAGGAUGCUCGGCAAGCUCCGCGUCCACGUCCCGACAGCCGUCACAGCACUCUCGGCCGCCAAGGUUGACGACCGGUACAUGGUGGUCUCUGGCGACGCCGACGGUGUGCUUGGGGUGUGGUCGGCUAGUGGACUUGUCAACCAGCUCUCGACUAUGUCGCUGGCAGGCGGUGCGCACCGUGGGCUCGCCCACCGCGCGCCGGUCACCUCGCUUGCGGUCCAUCCUGACGGAAGCCUGGUGGUGACCGGCUCGAGCGACCGAACGCUGCGUGUGUACUCCAGUGACUCGCAGACGGUGGUCGCCAUUCUUGUGGGCCACAGUUCACGAGUUAUUGCCCUGACCUGGAUGAGCAAGACCAUGCUUGCGUCCAUUGACGACAACGGCACGGUCGCGCAAUGGCAUGUAUCUAGAGCAGACGCCCACAUGGUGGCCAAGGGUGCGCUGCCGACGCUCGGCGCCGUCGGUGCUGCGGUAUGGCUCGGCACCCGCAUCUUUGUCGGCUUUACCAACGUCAUGGAUCGCAUUCCGGCCGUCCAGGCCUUUGACAUGGUCCGCUCCGAGGGCGGAACCGGCGCCGUGCUGGACCUACCGUUUGUCCACGGCUUUACCGGUGUGGCCGGCUCGUUUCUCGCUGCUGCGUCAUGUCUCCUUGUCACUCGUUGCUCGCUUCCCGACUCAACGUCUGCCGUGGUCCACAACACCUCGACGCUGAAGCCGGUAGCACGGCUGGAGGGACUCCACUUUGCGCCGCUGACCUGUGCACACAUGCUCGAGGUUGCAUCGCGGGUGUUUGUGGCAACGGGCGCGCUCGACAAUUCGGUGGUAGUUUGGGACGCCCGUAGCGGCGCCGCGCUCUGCACGUUGACAACCCGCAACGGGACGGUGGCGGCAUUGCGACUGUUCACAUUUCACGGCUCGCCGUCACUGCAUCUCGCAGUUGCCGACACCGGGCGAUCGCCGGGCAUACUUGUGGUGGCGCUGCGCGCGGCGGCGCUUGCGUCCGGCACGGUCUCUUCUGACGGUGACGGCGAAGGCGAGAAGGCUAAGAGCCGGUUGCGGCGCAAAGCCAAGUCGCGCCGACGUCGCAAGGGCAAGUCAUUGCUCAAGGGCACUGUCUUGGAGGAGCUUGCGGACGCAACCAUGCUGCGGGUCUUCUCGCGGCGGAUCCACCAGCUCGACGCCGGGUGUGCGCUGCUGGAGGUGUGUGACUCGGGCGCAUCGCUGUUUGUGGUGGUAACCGAGGCGCGAACGUUCCACCAUCUAACGUCGCUCGCGGUGCUUCGUGACGCAGCCGAGGCCGACCAACAGCGCGGCGUACUCGAGACGCUGUGGCACUCGCUGCGGAGCGCGUGGCAUCGUGCGCAGUGGCAUGAAAACCGGCUGCAUGAUUCGCGUGCAGUCCGCAACGCCUCUGUCGGGUACCUUGUGACUCACGCAGGGCAGAGCCGUGGCCAGAUUGCGGAGCAACCGGUCUCGCUCGAGCUGCUGCGAGCCAACGCAGUGGUGGUGGUGAAGACUGCAGGCCGGGUGUACGUAUGGCGUGGCCCGCGGGCGCCACGGCGAGUCAUGGUGCGGGCCAUCACACUGGCGCAGUCGCUGACAAAGCAAGGUCGACGAAUGCCGCUGGUGAUCCUGGGUGCAUGCGAUGGUGUUGCGCGCGGCGUGUCCAAGACGAUGAACAAGGAUCUUUUCGCGAUUGAGCCGCCGUACGACGCGCUCUGGCGUGUGCUUGUGCCUCCCGAGUCGGAGGGCAACUACGCGCAAGUGGCGCAGGUCAAGGCGGCCGACGAGCUGCGACCGGUCUCUGUCGAGUGGCUGCGGGCGCUGGCGGCCGAGUGGCAGCGGCUGCACGAGGUGUGCGACGACCGUGCGGAUGGUCUCGUGGCGCGCGAGGUGGCCCGCGGUGUGCUCUACUCAGAGUACCUUUCUUCAAGCGGUGUGUUCCUCAUCGGGACCCUGGUUGGGCUCUGGGUCUGGGUCGGCGACGAUGUACCCGAGGGCUUGCGAGCCAAGGUGCUUCAGCUCGUCCGCGAGAUGGACAACAGUGCAGGGUCUGGCGAUGAUGGGCGAAUGCUGCUGAACACGUAUCCGUGGGAUGCGGAGCAACGGCCGAUGGCAUGGCAAAGGCUCCAGGUGGUGUAUGACGGCUCAGAGCCGGUCAUUUUGCGUUCUGCACUCUCUACGGCUGCCGCGCCGAGUUCGGAAGAGAGCUCGCCGCUCAGCACGGCGGCAUGGACGGGCGAUUCGUCGACCGCGAGCCAAUCGGCGCCGUCGGUAUCGUCUGCCGGCGCGCCGCGCGAUCUUUGGAUGGAGCUUGCGGAUGGGCCAGAGUCGUGGUACGAGCCGGCGCGAUACGGGCUGCCGUGGCUGGAGCAGCGGGCGCUGAUGAGCGCGGCGUCGACAACGACGACCAGCACAGGUUCAUCGGGUGGCUCGGGAGCAGAGCUGGAGCGCGUACACGACUCGCAGAUCCGCAUUCUCUCGCGGGUCUUGUGCUUGUUGAGGACAGUGAGCGGGCGUGGCAGUGGGACGAGUUUGGUUCUGUCUUUUUCAUGGGCUGCGCCAUGGUUGUAUGUGCCAUUGUCCAGUACCCGAGCCAGACGGCUGAGGUGGCGGCAAGUGGCGGCAUGGUGACGCGGGCGCAUGUGUGGCUCUGGGUCGGCGAGGAGCUGGCGAGCGGAAGCAACAGUGCAUCGUCGUCGAUCUCGGAGAGCGCGUCGUCGCACGACCAUCUGCUGAAUGCAGUCUCGAGUGCGAUGUGGAUGCAAGACCUACAGCUAGGUAUGCCGGGUACGCCGGUGGUGACGCUGGUCCGGGCUGGAUGCGAGGAUGGCGUCUUCCGCAUGGUCGUGCCGAACAUGGUGGUGCUUCGCGGGUCGCCGCGGCGGUUUGAGAGCUGUGACGAGAUUCUCAGUCGGGCACUGGCAUUCAAGGUUGGCUCGUCGUCGAGCUCGCACUCGGCAGCCGAUGGCGAGGGCGAGAACAUUGCGGAGAUUGGCGUGCCGUCGCCGUCACUGUCGCCGUCGCCGCUGGUGCCUGCACCCGGGGUCGAUGAUGGCGGCAUGCGGUUCCAUGUCAACGCACGGACGCGGAUGGUGGUGGAGCUGGUUGACUGCUGCGAGUCAGCAAGCGUGCUGGAUGCUUCAUCGGUGUACGCAGUCGUGGCGCCGCCGUCUGUGCGAAUGUGGGCCGGACCGGGGGCGUCGGAACGCGCCCGCGACGUGGCAACGCACCUGGUGGGCGAAACGAGCGCUAUGUUCGAGCGGCUGCUGGGUGUGUCGAUGCAGCCGCUUGCGGUAGCUGCGGCUGGCAUGGCGCCAACAGCAAUUGGGCUGAACGGAGAGACUACCAAUGUGUGGCGCGGGUCAGAGCUCUUUAUGAUUGUCGACUUUUCCGGCCCGGUCGACAACCCGGUGGUGACGGUCCAUCCAGUCCUUGACGAGCGGCGGGGCGAGGUGGCGCUGCGGACGCGGUUGCUGGACGAUCUGGCGACGUCGGCAUUUCUGGUAGUUGUCUUUCCGGACGCGUCUGUCCACGGGCGGCAGGUCGGCUGGUGGUCGCGGUCGCCGCGGCCCGAGGCCAGCCACCUCGACGCGCUGGCCGGCCUUGCCUCGCGGUUCUUGGCCAGCAGCGGUCCCGAGCCACCAGUAUUUACUUCUGGCAAGCCUGCUGCCGCCACUGACCUGCUGUUUGAGCUUGAUCGCGUCGAUCUUGAUCUUGCGUUUGUACUGUAACAAAGUCGACAUGUAGCUG